UGUUUGCCCAAACGAAUACUUCGGGACAAACUGUACACAAAAAUGCAAUUGCAUGAAUGGCACACCAUGCCUUAAAGAUUCUGGAUACUGUGACGAGGUUGAAGGGCAGUGCGACUUGGGAUAUGUCACUGAAUCUGUCGAGUUUCCAUCCAACUGUAUGACAUUUUCAGGAUGUUUCAGCUCUUGUUCAAAGACAUGUCAUUGUUCUGGUGGUGCUGAGGAUUGUAACUUUCUGACUGGUGAUUGUUUGUCAUCCACCUGUCAUCCAAGAUGGACCGGGGAUCAAUGCCAAACAGAUCGUUUUGAGACGAGAUUGGAAAAGACCAAUCCAGGAGUGGCGAUCUUCUCCUGUUCCUUCACAGCGUCAUCAGGGCAAAGUCUUCCCUCUGAUUAUAUGCAAGCAGCUGUAGGAAAGUCUACUACGGAACCCUGGAUAAUUCGUAUUAGCUCUGAUACAUCAGGAACAACCCUCAAUUAUUCAUUUAUCCACGAGUAUAUGGGGCCAGAAGAACCAAUUUACUGCUUUGUCGGGGUGCCUGAGAGUUCCUCCGAGUUUGCUUUCGUAACGCUACCUCCAAGAGAUUUCUUUGUUUUACCAAGUUAUAAUGGUGUACCAGAACUACUUGAAUUUGGAUACUACCAUGCAGCUAUCGGUUGGAGACAAUGGGACCCUAGCUCUGAUACCGGGGACGGACCGAUUGUUGGAUACAAGAUAUACGUGCGAUCAGGUAGCAAUGUCGUGUUGGCUAAAGAAGUACAAGCUCCUAGCAUAGUGACCAAUACGAAGAGGUCUGCUGAGAAUGCCACUGAGAUGGUCAUGUAUAACGUCAAGGGACUUGAAGCAGGACCGACGUACUCUGUUCAGAUUGCAGCGAUACGAGAUGGUAUCAACGGUGAAGGAGAACAAGGACCAGCAUUGACCUUUACAUCAAGACAAGGUUGGCAUCUUAAAUAAAUUAAUUUUAAAAUACGCGUUUCAAUGACGGUCCAUUAGAAAGCUUGAAAUAUCAUGAACAACAAAUUAAAAAAA